GGCCCGGCCCCGCGGGCAGCGCUGAGCGCCGGCGGCCCAGGGGGUCCCCUCCCCUGCCGCGGCUGGGGGGCCCCCGCGGGGGCGGCGGGGUCCCCCCGAGGGCGCAGCGGUGACGGCACGGCUCGUCUCCCCCCGCCCGGCUCUCCCCGGUUGUCGGCUCCCCGCGCGGGGUGAGGGGCGGGCAGGUGGGCGAUGAAUGGGUUCAGCACCGAGGAGGACAGCCGGGAUGGGCCGCCCGCCGCCCCCUUUUACGGCCAGAGCUGCUGCCUCAUCGACGACGGGGACCGCUGCGUGCGCCCCGCCGGCAACGCGUCCUUCAGCAAGAGGAUCCAGAAGAGCAUCUCGCAGAAGAAGCUGAAGCUGGACAUCGACAAAAGUGUGAGACAUCUGUAUAUUUGUGAUUUUCACAAGAACUUCAUUCAGAGUGUGCGAAACAAAAGGAAGAGGAAGACGAGCGAUGAUGGAGGUGACUCUCCUGAGCAUGACACGGAUGUCCCAGAGGUUGACUUGUUCCAGCUCCAAGUGAACACCCUGAGACGUUACAAGAGACAUUAUAAGUUGCAGACUAGGCCUGGACUCAACAAGGCUCAGCUUGCUGAAACUGUCAGUCGUCACUUCAGGAAUAUUCCGGUGAAUGAGAAGGAGACACUUGCAUAUUUUAUCUACAUGGUGAAGAACAACAAGAGCAGGCUGGACCAGAAAUCAGAAGGCAGCAAGCAACUAGAUUGAAGGUUAACAAGACUUGGAAUAAGAGAGACAUAUGGUAUUGUGUAUUUUAGGUAUAUAAGAACUGUUAAAGUAUAUUGUAAAUUUUUUUUUUUUUAAGUGCAGUGUCUGGAUGACAGAAAAAAUAUUGACAUUCUUAUCAGGAGUAUUUGAAAACAUGUGCCCAACAUGUUUCCUAAGACUUCUUCCCCUCAUUUCAAAGUCACAUUGGAAUAAAGAAAUGAGGAUAAUGGGGAAACCAAGUAAACCUGUAGGACUGUGGAGUUUGUCAGCUUGGUGUUUUAAACCAUUUCUGGACAUCUGCAUCUCAGUGCAAUUCAGAUCCCAGAUGGAAUUUUUUUCACUGAAUUCAGACUGCAUCAUGAAACACCAUGCAGUUUGUCUUGGUACAGGACUGGAAGAGCAGCAGAGAUAAAAUUCAUUAUUGAGGUGCAUGGGUCAGAAGUUUGUCUGAAGCUUGCUCCUCACCUACACAUGCUCUGUCUUGCCUUGAGUCAGUGCUUCAAGUCCCAAACUUCUACAAAUGCUCCAGCUCACCAGAUCUACUCCAGUGAAUGCUACUUGACUAGUCUGAAAUUGAUUUUUUUUUUUACCAGUUUUCCUCCCGACCCCAUCCGACACGGAUGCCAACCAAGUCUCUGCAACCUCUUUUUCUCAUUUCUUUUAUUUAAGAACUCACUAAUUAAAUUGUCUGUAAGAAUUUUAAAACUUCUGCAUUUCCUCAGAAUGUGGUAUUAAGGCAAACACAGCUUAUUUGCUGGGUCUGGUCAUGUUGGUAGAAGUGCUUGUUUAAUUCGCUUAUACAUAUUUCAGCGAUAGUAGGUGUUGGGUCAAGACAUCAGUCUCUUAAUUUCUGUGUCAGAUCAGUAUCAGUCACAAGUUUUGUGAAAUCUAUACUGAAGCUGUAGCAGGUGUCACCAAACUGCUGUGUGGAUUCAGGGGCUCUGCAGUUUCUGUUUAGUAUAAAGCAGAGUUAUGGGUGAGGCACCACAACCAGGGCAGUGAUCUGACCGGAGCAUUUCAUGAUGCACUUCAUCUUUCUUUGAAACAGGCAAGAAGUAUCAAAGCAUUUGCCUUUCAUGAGCAUUACAUGGGCUUUCAUGAGAGCUGUGUGAGUGAGGGUGGCACCCUGGUGCUUCCUAACUGGGCACUGUAGGAGGAGAUCACUCUGAAUUUAUUUACAACCAAGGUGUCCUUACAAGUAACAUAGUGGUUAUUUUGGCAAAAGGAGCUUAUAAAAGUAUUGGUCGUGACUGACUGUUCUCCAGUGACCUCAAAUUCUCUUCAGGGGACCUCAUGAUUUAAGGCACCAGUCUGUUUCUUUGCUGUCCUAACCAAUGUCUCCAUUCUGGUACAAGAUGCCAAGACUCCACAUAGGGAGGGUAUUCUCAACAAGCCUUAAGCAACGAACUGAGCAGUAGAAAACUUCAGCUAGCAUUUUGUAAAUGGCAGGUUUUAAUACUCCAAAACUGGAUGAAGCUUUGUUGAAGAGCUAAACACACAGGUCAUGGUCCCAGCUUAGUACUGCAUUGUGUUUCGUAAGGCAUGAAGGGUUCUCAUAGUGAAGCUCUAGUUGAAGCUCUCCCAGGGUCUCUUUAAAAAUCAAGUCACAAUUUAAAUCAAGUUGUUCACAUCACUCUGAAUUGUUUGCUAAUACUCCAGAAACAUGUUCAGCAGAUUUCAGUGUGUCUGAGUCCUGUGUCAUAUGCAGAAAUACUCUGUUAUGGUACACGUCCCAUUUGUGACGUGUGGGGCGUGUGAUUGUUUCAGCAUUUCCUUGUUCGAUUCAGUAUGGAACAUCAGACAAGAGAGAGGUUCAAGGAGUGAGGAGAGAAUGUCUUGCAUUGGUAUUUCAUGAAUGUUUAAAAAUUAACUAAUUAUGCUGGUCCUUUCCUUAUCGAAAGGGUGGAGUAAUUCCCACAUCAGUCAACACGUCUGGCUUCUCUCGUUCAGGACAUAUCGCUGAAAGGGUACAUUCUCUGACUGCACGUUAAUCUUCAAAGUGCUCAUGUCAUCAGAGGAUAUUACCAAGGGAAGGUGAGUUUCUGAACUGAGAGGGCCAUGCCUCAUAGGGAUUCUUCCCCUGUACUUGGCACUGGUGAGGCACCUCGAGUCCUGUGUCCAGUUCUGGGCCCCUCGAUUCAGGAAGGACAUUGAGGUGCUGGAGCAACUCCAGAGGAGGGCAGUGAAGCUGGUGAAGGAUCUGGAGCACAAGUCCUGUGAGGAGCAGCUAGGAGAGCUGGUAUUGUUUAGCCUGGAGAAGGGGAGGCUCAGGGUUGACCUUAUCACUCUCUACAACUCCCUGACAGGAGGGUGUAUCCAGGUGUAUCCUUCUCCCGGGCAACCAGCGACAGGAUAAGAGGAUGUGGCCUUAAGCUGCAUCAGGGGAAGUUUAGGUUGGACACUGGGAAGAAAUUCUUCACGGAAAUGGUGAUUAAACAUUGGAAUGGGCUGCCCAAGGAGGUGGUGCAGUCACCAUCCCUGGUGGUGUUUAAGGAAAGACUGAACUUGGCACUUAGUGCCAUGUUCUGGUUGACGAGGUGGUGUUCGGUCAUAGGUUGGACUCGAUGAUCUCAGAGGUCUUUUCCAACCUAAUUGAUUCUGUGAUUCUAGACCAAAACUGUAAAAAUGUAGUUUGUUUGGGAUUUACUUUUUUUGUUGUUGUAUUUUAUUUUGUUUUAUUUCUAAGAGUAAAUAAAUCUGUUGGGGUGCUUUAGUAGCCAUCAGCAAAAUGAUUCUUUUCAAGGAAAUAUGGUGGCAGGUUCCAUCCGUUCAGGUGUAUUCACUGGAAUGCUUUUGUGCAGAGUUGGUAUCCAGGAAACAUUUUUUUUUUUCUUUUUUUUCCUGAAAAUAGUCAAUUGAUGUGAAAUGUGAUCCUUGUUGGUUUCACUUCUAAAGCAAUUCUACUUUUUUGAAAAAUAUUCUUGGUGAAGUGUGAUGAUGAAGAGAUGUUUACCAGCCAUUAGCAGUUGUUUAUAAGGUGGAAAGCUUGGAGGCAAGACACCAAAGAAACAGAAGACUCUUUGGCUGUCGGACCCCAUGGCCUUAUAAACCCCUUGCAAAUGCCUUAUUACCUUGUUCUCAAUUUAGCUAGAGCAAAACGCCUUGAGCGACAGAAAGCCGAUGUCUUGUUGGAAGGGUCAGCCACUCGAUGGCUCCCGUGCUAUGAACUAAAACCACACGUCAAUUCAGUAGCAAUAUCCAUGUUCAGGGUGCCUGUGAUUCUUGAAAAGCAUUUAGUGUCUAAUAACCAGAAAACGCAACAAUGCAAUUGUCGUUGUGUACAAUACCGUGCUGUGUGUUCGAUUCCUUAUGCUGCAUGCCAAUUAAGAAAAAAAAAAAAAACAAACGAACUUUCCAACUUUUUUAUUUGAAACUUCGAAGUAAAUGUGUUUGAACCUCACACUUGUGAAGCCAUGAGGUGGGACAUUUUCUCAGCACUUUCAGAUGGGACUUGUUGGAAAGGUGUAAGACCCAAAUCGCUUUGGCUGGUAUGAUAAGAUUUUUUUUUUUCCUUUUGCAUUUUGCUUUUCACAGAUGGGCCUUAAAUUCUGUCUAGCUUUGAACCAUGGAGCACAAGCCUUGGGGGCAUGGAGGAUGACCAGAUGUCAUCUUCUAUUUAUAAUAGUGGAAGCUUCUUUCUUACAAGCCUGCAUAGGUGACAUUCACCCUGGGGCAGAGGAAUCAUCUCUGAAGGUCUCCAGCCAUUAUAUAGCCUAAUGCAAUUCCAUAGCCUAGCUCAAUUCUCAUUGAAGAGCUGCAUUAACCUAAUUAGAGUUCUGAAUAGAUCCAAAGCCAUUAGUAUGCAAUCCAAAUAAUGCAGAAACAUCUCUUCUGGGGUUAAUUUCAUCCUGUAUGCUGACCCUCUGCGCACUUCAAGGGAAGAAGACGAAAUCAUUGCUAGUAGUUACGGGCUCGCGCUCAGCUCAAGGGAGCUGGAAGCAUGCAAAGACUCAAGUUGUUGGCAACUUGAUGGCUGAAAAGUGCAAAUAUAUCCGAGGAGGCUGUGUUAGAAUGCAGUUUUCAAAAUUUCUGAAUCUCAGAGGUUACUGUCUGUCAACCUGAAGUACACAAUUGCAUUAAAAGGUAAUGGUUCUUUUGCCAGGCACUUUAGAUGCUCAGCCCGAGAAAAGCAGAGCGGGCAAGUUUGUACCACUUGUCCCCAGCAUUUUGGGUCCCAGUUUUUCCUAGAAAUGUGGCUGUAAACCACUAGAUACCCCGGUGUGCAAGACUUGACCAAAACACAUCAAGUCUGGCGUAUCAAGUGAGUCUAAAGUGCAGGCUGGGCUCGGAGAGGCUUUGAAUACAAGAGCUGAAAUCAUUCACAGUUAAUGGGAGUUUUCAUGUGGGUCAUGAUGGCACAGAGGGUAUGAAACAGGACAUGACCCACAGAGAGACUGAACAAAACACUCUUCCACAGGCAGCAGCAUGGAGGACGAUUUGUUCUGCAUCAGCUCUUGUGAUGGAUGUUUUAUGAGAGGGAGAGGAGGGGGAGCUGUGCACUUUACAUCUUUUGGUUGAGCCAAAUGUAAAUACCAAUGGGAGAUCUUCGGCAGUAACUGCAGUAGGAGGGGAGGGUUAGGUCUGCUGAGGGACUGUUUAUUUAAAAUGGCAGAUGGCUGUACUUUCCUAGAGCACUAGAGUCACUUUGCCUCUACAGUUUAGAAGAAGUGGUAGUACAAGGUGGCCUCCCAUCCAAAAGGAGUUCCUGUACUGCCCAGAUUAUUGACUGAAGAGUCCCAAAGGUGAAGGAAUGUUAUUGAUGCCUCACUCCUCGUGUCACUGAUGUAAUUUAGCCAUCUCUAGCUUAUCAAGUUAGGGAGUUUUCGUUUCCCACUUUAGAAGUGCAAAUGAAUUGUUACAAUGUAAGAUACUCCUUGCACUUUUCACAGCUAUCCCUGGUCUCGCAUUUUUGGCUUGCCUGUGAACACAUCUGAUUGGGAUGAAUUAAAUGCUUGAAGAAAGUAUGGGGAGAGGGGGAGGGCUCCUGCCUUAAACCUGAACUUCCCUUGCAAGCAGCUCUGCAGACCAUCCUGUACAUCAGCAGGCUCCAGGAGCCUCUGGAAAACCUGAGCCCUAACAGGGCUGGGUUUACUCCUGUCCCACACACAGCUCUGCCCCUCAGCUGGUGCAGGGGAGAUGGGUAGCAGGUAACUUGCAGAAUGGUUUGGAGUCUUUUGGCAGGCUUACUGGGAGAGAAAAACUGUGUUCCCUCUUCUGUUUCUGGCCUCCAUGUGUUGUGCUGAUCUUAUGCCAAAUGUUUUGGACACCUUGUAUUUUUAACUGUGUAAUAUAGCUGUGUAUUGUUAAAGCAAAUUAGUAACUUAUAGCAAAAACUGUAGAACUCAUUUCUCUGAGGUGUAGGAAAUGUCCUGCUUCCACUGUGUAUGAGACUUUAACUCUGUACUGUCUGACAAAGAUAAGAUGCCGAAUUUCACUUUAAUAAAUGAUCUAUCUAGCAACAAGGCCUACA